AAUCCCGCAACCAGGUUGGACAAGGCAAAUUAAUGGCUGAUAAUCGCAACGAACGCUGACUUUGAAGUCGUCAGAUCCCCAUGGAAACGGAGUGUGGGAAGAAGAUGUCCUCCCGCUCGGACAGCGGCAGCGGAGGCGAGGACUCCCCGGACCAGCGGCUGCCGGUGGCCGCCGUCCCGCGCAGGAAGAGCGCCACGUCCCAGAGCAAGACGGAGCCGCCGCUGCUGCGCACCGGGACGCGCACCAUCUACACCGCCGGCCGGCCGCCGUGGUACGACCAGCGCGGCGCGCAGUCAAAGGAGGCCUUUGUCAUCGGCCUGUGUGGGGGCAGUGCUUCGGGGAAGACCACGGUGGCCAACAACAUCAUAGAGGCGCUGGACGUCCCCUGGGUGGUGCUGUUGUCCAUGGAUUCCUUCUACAAGGUUCUCUGUGAGGAGGAUCAGGCCUUGGCAGCCAGCAACGACUACAACUUUGAUCACCCGGGGGCCUUUGACUUUGAACUGCUGGUGGCCACACUGCGCAAGCUGAAGAAGGGCAAGAGCGUGAAGAUUCCCGUCUAUGACUUCACAACUCAUAACAGACAUAAAGACUGGAAACACGUGUAUGGGGCCAGCGUCGUCAUAUUUGAAGGAAUCAUGUCCUUUGCAGAUAAAGAUCUUCUCCAGCUCCUGGACAUGAAGAUCUUCGUGGACACGGACUCGGACAUCCGGCUGGUGCGCCGGCUGCGCAGGGACAUCGCGGAGCGGGGCCGCGACAUCGAGGGCGUCAUCAAGCAGUACAACAAGUUUGUGAAGCCCGCCUUCGACCAGUACAUCGAGCCCUCCAUGAGGCUGGCCGAUAUCGUCGUGCCCAGAGGGGGUGGUAACAUGGUGGCCAUCGACCUCAUAGUCCAACAUGUCCACAGCCAAAUGGAGGAGCGUGAGCUCAGUGUAAGGGCGGUCCUGGCCUCCGCCCCUCAGACGGACCCCCUGCCCCGGACGCUCAGCGUGCUGGAGAGCACCCCGCAGGUGCGCGGCCUGCACACCAUCAUCAGGGAUAAGGAGACCAGCCGCGAUGAGUUCAUCUUCUACUCCAAGAGGCUGAUGCGCCUCCUCAUCGAGCACGCGCUCACCUUCCUGCCCUCUCAGCCGUGCACCAUCCAGACCCCACAAGGCCAGGAGUACGAGGGCCGCCGGUAUAAGGGCAGAGGGGUGAGAGGGCUCCGUCCCCACCGCGUUGUGACCGGGCUGCUCCCUCAGGGGGGGGGCUGCUGUUGUCACACUCUGUCCUCCUCUCCCGAUCUCGCUCCCCAGAUCACAGGUGUGUCCAUCCUGCGGGCCGGGGAGACCAUGGAGCCGGCCCUGAGAGCCGUGUGUAAGGACGUCCGCAUCGGCAAGAUCCUGAUCCAGACCAAUCUGGAUUCGGGAGAGCCAGAGCUGCAUUACCUGCGACUGCCCAAAGACAUCAGUGAGGACCAUGUCAUCCUGAUGGACAGCACGGUGUCGACGGGCGCGGCCGCCAUGAUGGCGGUGCGCGUGAUGCUGGACCACGAGGUGUGUGAGGAGCGGAUCAUGCUGGUGUCUCUGCUCAUGGCGGAGCUGGGCGUGCACUCGGUGGCCUACGCCUUCCCCCGGGUCAAGAUCAUCACCACGGCCGUGGACAAGGGCCUGGACCACCUGCUGCACGUCGUCCCCGGGAUAGGUGACUUCGGCGACCGCUACUUCGGCACGGACCGCUCGGACCAGUGGAGCGAGGGGGGGGAACCAGAACCGCCCAUGUCCUGCUGACACAACCGCGAGCAUGGCUUCAUUUAUUAACAUAUCUAUUUGCACAUUUCUACAUUCCUCUGCUGUUUUCACUUCUAUGUACUGUGUUGUAAAUACUGUCUUUGUAUUAUAAUUUGACAAUCACCAUGCCUCAGCUAAGCAAGAUAAUAGUGAUAUACUCUAUAUUCAUUUGAUUUAUAGAAGCUGUAUUUAGGGAGAAAACGGCUAAUGUGCCGAAAAGGGGAAGUUCAGUGGGACUUUAAACCUGGGCAAUAAUGGCAAAUGAGGUAAACAAAAUAAAAGAAAACUUGUACACUUCUACA